UUGUCAAUAAAUGAAUAAAUAUGUUGUGUAUUAAAAUAUAAAUGCUAGAGAAAUAGUUUAAAUAAGUUUAAAUAUGGACAGUAAACCGUAAACGGGUAAAAUUAUUAGUAAAUCUACAUACUAUUUUACACACGCUGCGCAGUGUGUAUUCUGCUAUUUAUAGUAACAUAGUAACCGAUACGUUCAAUAAACACAAUAUGAACAUAUUGGUUUGUAAAAUUAGGACUUAAAUAUCGAUCCAUAAAUGGUGUCUAACGGUGUUAAUAACACAUAUAAAACAUAUUUUCGUGACGUUGAAGCGUUCGUGUAUCGCUGUGUGAAUGUUAUUAGAUAAUAUUUUUAUUUGUAAUGUCACAAAAACGAAAUGUUUCUGACAUAGAUGGCAUGGCAGUGGAGAAAAGGAAGGAUGUUUAAGAUAAAAAUGAAGACGUUUCUGUUCAGAGUUAUUGGCGACAAAUCACGAAUAUGUCAAAUGACGUCACCACGACUGUUAAUACUACUUGCUGCGAUUUGCAUAUGUUUUCUUAUGUACAACCAUUUAACUAACAUCAGAAGGAAUGAUGAAAUACCUACGUUUAGUCUUGAAACAAUGCUAGAGAAGCACAUUGGACCAAUUCCUCGAGCUAAUACACUGAUGAAGCAAAGAGCGACAUCUAAUAAUAGUUAUAUCAGAGAAACAAACGCUAACUUUACAGGACUGCAUCGAAAGAUCCGUGUGCUUUGUUUUGUACUUACAACGCAUGAAAGCUUGACACUGAAGGCUGAACAUGUUAGACGAACAUGGGGACAUAAGUGCAACAAACUUUUAUUCUUCAGUUCUAAAACAGACGAUACAUUUCCGGCAAUAGGACUCGACACAGAAGAAGGCUAUCUAAAAUUAAGUGGAAAAACAUUGCACGCAUUAACUUACAUAUUUCAUAAUCAUUUCAACGACGCCGAGUGGUUUUUAAAAGCAGACGAUGAUACUUUCGUAAUUUUAGAAAAUCUUAGAUACUUUUUAUCGGACAAAGACCCAAACACACCAGUCUUCUUUGGCCACCGUUUCAAAACCAUAUUAAAACAAGGUUUUACAAGCGGAGGUGCGGGUUAUGUAUUAAGUAAAGAAGCGUUAAGUUUGUACGGUAAAUAUGGCCAAGAUCCUAAAUUGUGCAAUACAAGUUAUGCAGCCGAAGAUGUUGAUUUCGGUGCUUGCAUGCAAAGCAUUGGUGUUCGCCUUGGGAAUUCAACUGAUAAGCAUGGUCGAAGUAGAUUUCACUGUUUUCAUCCAGAAGCACACGUGAUUGGCCAGUACCCGUCGUGGUAUAAACCAUAUGACGCUAAUGGAGCUAAAAUGGGAGAAGAAUCAAUGAGUGACUAUGCAGUAUCAUUUCACUAUGUCCCUCCCCAGGACAUGUAUCUAUUCCAUUAUUUUAUAUACCAUCUACAUCCUCAUGGAAUAGUUUAUAAUGAUAAAUAAGACCACAUACUUCAAGUAGAGAUGUGGCCAAGUUGUUAACAUGCUGGACUUGCUAGUAAUCUAAAGAUUACAGUAGUAAUUCAAGGAUUGCAGUAGAAAACUAAGGAUUGCAAAAGUAAUGUAAGGAUUGCAGUAGAAAUGUAAGGAUUGCAAUAGUAAUCUAAGGAUUGCAAUAGUAAUCUAAAGAUUGCAACAGUAAUCUAAGGAUUGCAGAAGAACUUUAAGGAUUGCAGUAGUAAUCUAAGGAUUGCAACAGUAAUCUAAGGAUUGCAACAGUAAUCUAAGGAUUCCAGAAGUAAUUUAGGAAUUGAUGCUCUAUGGAGUGCACUAGUAAUUUAAAGAUUGCAGUAGUAAUCUAAGGAUUGCAGAAGUAAUCUAAGGAUUUCAAUAGUAAUCUAAGGCUUUAGUUAUAGUAAUCUACGGAUUGCAAUAGUAAUCUAAGGAAUUUAAUAGAAAUCUACAGAUUGCAAUAGUAAUCAAAGGAUUGCUGAAGUAAUCUAAGGAUUGCAAUAGUAAUCUAAGGAUUGCAGAAGUUAUCUAUGGAUUGCAAUAGUAAUCUAAGGAUUGUAACAGUAAUCUAUGGAUUCCAUUAGUAAUCUAAGGAUUGCACUAGUGUUCUUAGGAUUGCAAUAGUUAUCUAAGGAUUGCUGAUAUAUGAGUUCAUUAGUUAUGUAAGCACUAGUUAUAUAAGGAUUACUAAUAAUAAUUAUUGAACUAGUAAUGUGAAAAUUGCACUGGUAAUCUAAAGAAUAUUUAUCUUACUUUUUCAUUACUUAUCUAAGGAUUGCUGAUAUAUGGAUUGCACUAGUAAUCUAAGGAUUGCAGUAGUAAUCUAAGGAUAGCAAAAGUAAUCUAAGGAUUGUGGCAGUAAUCUAAGGAUUGCACUAUUCAUUUAAGAAUUCCUGAUAUAUUGAUUGCAGUAGUUAUAUAAAUAUUUCACUAAGUCUAGUAAUUAAAGGAUUGCUAAUAAAAUGAUUGAUCUAGUUAUAUAAGAAUUUCACUAGUUAUCUAAGGAUUGCUUACAUGAGGGUUUCAGUAGUAAUGUAAGGAUUGUUAGCCUUAGGUGGUGGGUUCAGGCUCAAUGCAGGAAGCUUCACACUUAUAUAAUAUGCUAACUUGCUUUCUGUAAGGUCAAUAAUUCAUGUCAUUUUUGUAUUUGCCAUAUGUUAUAUGGAAAUAUGUUAUUGUAUCAUGCAACAAGAAACACAACUUGUUAAAGUACUUGAUAAAAAAUCUUGACUGCUAUUGUUCAGUAAUGGUUGGUUCCAGGAACAAUACCAAGGUGUGUCUAUAAGCUUGAUAGCUUUCUACACAAUCGAUCUUAACUUGUUUUAAUACCACUGUUAGGUGCUUACAAUGUGCUCAAAAUCAAUGACUGAUUUCAUAAAUUUAUGUUUUUUUGCCAUGUAAUAUUCAAUACAUGUAUGUUAAUCUCUGCUAUAUAUUAAAGUAUUGCUUUUUACAUUUAAUACCUUCAUGAGGUUUAUUUGUUUAAUUGUAUUUUCUUCAUUAAUAACAUGUGAUUGUUCACUAUGACAGUUAUAUCAAUUAAGCAUGAUAAUUAUUAAAUUGGACUUUGUAUAUGUACAAAUAUAUAAAGAUAUAAUUAUGUACACUGUACAUAUUGUGCUACCUUGCUUAUUAAUAUGCAUUUUAUGUUAUUAU